UCCUGAGGUAAACAGUAAAAUGAUCCUGCACCUCCGCUUGAUCCGAAAUCGCACCGAUGACCAUGAUCAGCCAGCAUCCAAGACAUGAACUUGCUUUGCGUGGCGUUCUUGACAGCCAACGCUGGCCCAACAGCAUCCGGCAUACCUCAAAAGGUGGACCCGACGCUCACGAUGCCCACAUUUCUCUGUCUGUCUGCGAGCAGAUCGGCACUCAGGCCGACGAUGACCCUGAGGACGAGUAGUCCGAUUGCACAGAACGCUGGGGUUGUUGCCCCACCCCCACCGUACUAGAGCUCCCCCAGAGCUCUUAUGAGCUCAUCCCGCAUUGACAGCUGUAUUGUAUCUCAACAUUAUUCUCAAGUCCUCGAGAUUUCUGCUAGCUUUCCUCAAUUCUAACACAUCGCCCUUCUGACACUUCUUCAUAAUCGUUUGCAGCAAUGGCAAUUCCUUUCCGACAGUCCCAGCGCAAGCAGUCGCGUCAACUGUCGACGGACCCCCGCAAUGAGCUCCACCCUCAAGUUGACCACUACAUCGGUAUCGACGUUGGUACUGGUAGUGCCAGAGCCUGCAUCAUGAAUGAUCAGGGAGACAUCGUUGGACUGGCAUCAGAGAACAUUGGCCUCUGGCAACCACAAACUGGCUACUAUGAACAAUCCACAACGGAUAUCUGGCGGUGCAUUUGCUCUUCAGUCCGCCGAGCAAUGGAUCAGCACAACAUCGACCAGAGCACUAUCCGCGGUAUCGGCUUCGACGCCACCUGCUCGCUCGCAGUCUUCAGAGACGACACUGAUGAGCCUGUUGCGGUCACCGGACCCAAUUUCGAUAACAAGGAUGGUAACGAUCGCAAUGUCAUCCUAUGGCUCGAUCAUCGGCCUGUAGAGGAAACCAACAAGAUCAACGCUACCGGGCAUAAUCUGCUCCGCUACGUUGGAGGCAAGAUGUCUAUUGAGAUGGAGAUUCCAAAGGUGCUGUGGCUGAAGAACAACAUGCCAAAGGAGCUAUUCGACCGCUGCAAGUUCUACGAUCUGACUGAUGCUCUUACGCAUUUAGCUACUGGCAGUGAAAGCAGAAGCUACUGUAGUGUAGUCUGUAAGCAGGGCUUUGUACCGGUCGGAGUCGAUGGGAGUGUCAAGGGCUGGCAGGAAGACUUCCUGAAGGAGAUUGGACUUGAAGACCUAUGCGAAGACAACUUCAAGCGCAUGGGAGGUGUUGAUAAAGUGAACGGACGCUACCUCACUGCUGGUGAACUUGUCGGUACACUCAGCGAGAAGGCUGCACAGGAGAUGGGCUUACAGCCUGGUAUCGCAGUCGGCAGUGGAGUUAUCGAUGCCUACGCUGGCUGGAUCGGUACAGUUGGUGCCAAAGUCAAGCUCGACGAAGAUACUCUCGACAUGGAUCAACCCAAGAACGACGUCUCACAAGCUUUCACGCGCCUCGCAGCCGUUGCCGGAACAUCGACCUGUCACCUUGCCAUGUCCCGUAACCCGGUCUUCGUCGACGGUGUCUGGGGUCCAUACCGAGACGUCCUACUACCAGACUACUGGAUGGCAGAAGGAGGACAAAGUGCAACGGGUGAAUUGCUCAAACAUGUAAUCGAGACACAUCCAGCUUUCAACGAAGCCGUGUCUGUCGCAGAAACAUACAACACCAACAUCUACGACUACCUCAACGAACACCUACGCGAGAUGGCAGACAAAGAAAAUGCCCCACACAUCGCCUGGCUUGGCCGCCACUUCUUCUUCUACGGUGAUCUCUUCGGCAAUCGCUCGCCCAUCGCCGACCCUAACAUGAAGGGCUCUGUAAUUGGUCUGAGCUCCGACAAGAGUCUCGACAGUCUGGCGCUAUACUACUACGCAACCAUGGAGUUUAUCGCUCUGCAGACACACCAGAUUGUCUCUGCGAUGAAUGCCUCCGGCCACGUUAUUUCCUCAAUCUUCAUGUCUGGUUCUCAGUGCCAGAACAGCCUGCUCAUGCAACUCAUGGCCACCGCAUGCGACAUGCCCGUUCUGAUUCCACGCUAUGUACAUGCAGCUGUGGUGCACGGCGCGGCUAUGCUGGGUGCAAAGGCAGCGAGCACCGACAAGGACGGAAACAGUGAACCGCUUUGGGACAUCAUGGACAGACUGAGCAAGCCUGGAAAAACUGUGAAGCCACUAGCCGACAAGACAGUCAAGAAGUUAUUGGACGCUAAGUACAAGGUGUUCCUGGAGCUGUGUGAGGGACAACAAAGGUACAGGAACGAGGUCGAUGCUGCUAUUGCAGGUUGGUCCAGCAAGUAGUUCCCCCGAGGCGAAAACAGACAGGAAUACGGCAAAGAGAGAGAUGAUAUGCGUCCAUAAUUAAAGAUGUAUUCUAGAUACCAGAUCCUUUGCGAGGAAGUCGUUAGAGCAUACGAUGUCUAUGUAACCUAACUCCCUGCUUAUGUCUCCGAAACAAAAACCAAUACUACACGGCUCAUCU